AUGAACUUCGCUAUAGAAGUUCCAGGUGCGGCCACGCCCCUAAACUUCCACGAACUCCUCUGUACUCUCCAGACUGCAUCAACAUCCCAUGAUAAUAACCGUCGUCAGGCUGCUGGCCAGCAGCUCACUGCCUGGGAAUCCGACCCAGAAUACUACCCAACUUUACAGUCUAUUUUCCUCGAUAAGAAUGCGCCCCAAAGUGUCAGGUUUCUUGCAAUUAUUCAACUUAAGAACGGCGUCGAUCGAUUCUGGCGGCUUCAGAGUGUUCAGAACUCCAUCCCGGCAGCUGCGAAACAAGUAAUACGAGAGAGGCUUUUCCGGGGAACUACUAGUGAAGGUGAUAGACAGCUUGCUUUACACAAUGCGCUUGUUAUUGCAAAGGUGGUCCGUACCGACUUUCCUACAGCCUGGCCUACUCCCUUAAACGACCUUACCCAGCUCCUUAGAGCGACUAAGGAUGGCGAUCAGGUUGAGCUCUCGGGGGCUUUGAUGAUACUUCUGCGAAUAGUGAAGGAACUUGGAACAGCACGUCUGCGUAAGUCUCAGACCAUGCUUCAGUCCAUCACACCAGAACUCGUAUAUAUCCUUGGUGAAAUAUAUCAUGAUAGGACUAGUCAGUGGAUCGCUUUUUUAACCAACGGUCGUGAAAAUGAAGAUGGUGAUGAGGCUUUGCUCUCGAUGGAAAAUAGCCUUGAUGCUAUCAAAAGUCUUCGCCGCCUCUUGAUAGUUGGUUAUGAGUACCCACACAAGGACAAAAGCGUCCAGCAAGUCUGGAGCUUCUCUCAAGUGCAGUUUGCACAGUUUCUCAGCUUCGUCAACAGUGAUUCGCGAAAGAUAGCACGAUAUGCCGAUCUCUUAGGGAAACACCUUAUGCAAUUCACAAAGCUCCAUAUUGAGAUGGCUACAGCCCACCCUGCAAGCUUUGCCUCUCUUCCAAACUCUCUAGAUCUUGUCCGUGCAUAUUGGGACCUCACCGCUAAAUUUGCAGAAGUGUUCAAUAAGUCGGAUGGAAUACGACAAGAGACCUCAGGAUCAGGUCAGCCCAAGGCUAAGGUCGAAGGGCCCCUUUCGGAGAAACUAGCAUUGAAGGGUCUGCUUCUGGUAAGACAGUGUGUAAGGAUAGUCCACUUUCCCCAGCAGACAAUCCGUUAUCAUUCAAAGGAUAACAUAAAUGAGCAACAAGACGCAGUCAAAUUUCUAGGCGCCGAAUUGCUCAAAGAUGAAGUCGUCACCCAAAUAGCAAAUGUCUUAAUCACUCACUUUUUCAUAUUUCGUAAGGCGGAUCUUGAUGCGUGGGAUGAAGACCCGCAGGAAUGGGAGCAGCAAGAAGAAGCUGAAGGCAAUGCCUACGAAUGGGAGGUGAGGCCUUGCGCGGAGAAGUUAUUCUUAGAUCUCCUCACACAUUACAAGCGUCUACUCCUACAGCCCCUCAUAUCAUACUUCUGUACGGUUCAAAACCCACAAACGGACAUCGUUACUAAAGAAGCAGUGUACACUGCCAUGGGACUAGCUGCUCCUUUGGUCAGCGAGGAGUUUGAUUUCGAAAACAUGCUGAAGACGACAAUAGUAGCCGAUGCUCAGCAAGCAGGUCCAUUAGCCCGAGUCAUCAGAAGAAGGAUUGCCAUCCUUUUAAGUCAAUGGGUGCCCGUCAAAAUAUCAACAGAAGCCCGCCCACUUGUUUACGAAAUAUUCCGACAUUUCCUCAACCCCGAAGAUGCAUGCAACGACAUUGUUGUUCGUAUUACUACUGCGAGACAAUUUAAGAUUAUCUUUGACGAGUUAGGAUUUGAAGGACACCUAUUCUCCCCAUACGCCUCUGAUGUGCUUAUGCGGCUUAUCAGGCUAUUAGAAGAAGCAGAGGUUGAUGAGACCAAGUUGGCGAUACUUGAGUCAACGCGGAGUCUUAUACAGCGCAUGGAAACACAUGUGUCCAGUUUCGGUGAUAUGGUAAUGAAUGCAAUACCCAGCAUCUGGGAGUCUGCGGGUCCCCUGGGUUUCAUGAUGAAGCAAUCAGUUUUGGCCAUCAUACAAGCAGUGGUGAUGUCCAUGAAAACAGAAUCUCAGAGAUAUCAACCUAUGAUUUUACCACUUAUAUCCGAGGCUACAAGACCAGGUACAGAGUUAUAUUUGUAUCUCAUCGAAGAAGCGCUUGAUCUGUGGUCUAAUAUCUUAUACCAAAGCCAGCCUCCCUUAUCAUCGGGGCUUACCAGUCUGGCUGAAACUGCCAUCAAUGAGCUCUCGAAGCAGAAUGACUAUGCUUUUACAUACACAAGCAUUCUCGGCUGUUACGUUUUACUCUCACCAGAGGUCAUUCUUGAAGAUCGAUAUAGACGACCAACUCUCGCUGCUCUCUCUAGUUCGCUUAAUGCGAGGAGCCGUGAGCUAGUGAGCAUCACCAUACGAUACACCGAAUCGUUAAUACGAUUGUCUCAUGAGUUGGGUGGUACGUCCGGACUACAAGUAAUUGUUCAGGAUAUGAUGGGGGUAGGCUUCUUACCUACAAUCUUCGAAGGCAUACAUGACUCCUUUGAAGCCCAUCAAACAUCUGGGCCUAAAAAGAAGCAAAGUCGUGUGGGCUCUCAAAUUUUGAUAGAGUACUUCGUGAUCCUAUCUCGAAUUGCCGUGAUCGAUCCAGCCAUGUUCGUGGAGAUGCUUGCCUCACUUGGCCCCUUAGAUCAAGUUUGGAAUUGGCUCAGUGCCGAGUGGUUUGGUUCGUUUGACAGUAUAGCUGAUAACAAUCGGCACAAACUUAACCUUCUAGCUCUGACACGACUUCUUGAGCUUAACCAACCGAUGCAAGACCUUGUUCUGCUCAAACUCCAGGAUUAUUUUUCGAUGUGGACCAGCGUCAUGGUUCAGAUCCUAAGUGCUGAGUCACCUACUAUCGGCAAUGAUAUGCUCGUUAUCACUGACAAGCUGGAGCCCACCGAAUGGGACACGGCGAAGGACGUGAGAGAGAGGGCUUUGUUUUCGACCGAUCCAGUAAAGACAGUCCAGUCUCUCUCCUUUGUGAAAGAUAAACUUAACGACCUAGUACAGAGAAGUGGAGGAGAGCAAGCUUUCCAGGAAAAUUGGACCAUCAAUGUCGACAAAGAUGUCCUAGCUGGAUUCCAAGCAAUAGCUGCAGUAUCUAGUGGUGAGGCGUAG